CAAAAGAAGAAGAAGAGUCACUUCUUACUGGCGGACGAACCCGAGCGAACGAGAAAGUUGGUCUAGUCGUAUAAGAAGUUAAAAGUUACUCCACGACUUUCUUCACUCUUUUUUUAUUAUUUCGUUUACGUCGCACGUUUAUGUCAACUUGACGUGGCGUCUGCGAUCAAGCUACAGCUACAGCCCACAUGCAAGUGGCAGUAUUUGGAGAGCUCACAACAAACGGCAAGCUAACGCUAGCCAGAUAACCACGCGCCUGGACGCGAGUUGACCAAAACCUUGUUUAAAGCUCACAAUUGACUUUUAAGCUACUUAAUUUGACCUUAAAUGAUUUCUCAAACCUAUAGUUGCAAACGAAGUAUCCUUAACGACACGCCAGUGUGAUUUCGAGAAUGAAAAGAAAACUAAAGUAGACUAAGAAUGUCGUCGCCUCCAUGCGGCGUCCGCAGACAUGACGGCUGUGCGAGCAGCGACGUCGAGGUAUCUUUUUUUGUUCUACUCUUUAUGGCUUAAAUGUAAAACUACUGUGUUUGUUUUUUAAACUAAGGAUAAGAACGUUGUGCUUAUUAACUCUUAACUGCUCUUAGCAAGGAAAAUUGGCAGUGCAAUAAGAAGCUGGCUUAUUAAACAUGCAGUUGAAUUUAAGCGUGGAAACAUAGCCUUUGGACUAGGGAUCAACCAACCGGUUGCUCGCUAGCUGAUUUGAGUCAAAGAAUAUUUUGUCGAAACUGUGUUUUAAUGAAAUACAUACUGAAUUACAAGAUGCAUGACGACAUUGAUGAAAUAUUUUUUAAUAAAAAUGUGUGUUGCAGAUAACAGAGUGGUACGGGUGCUUAAAAACCUUGAAAAUGCUUGGAUUUUGGGUGAAGUGCUUGGAAAUAUUCAUCAAAUUUCUUGGCAGUCUGACUCAAAAGGCUAAGAAAAAAAAUAUUAAAAUACAUUUAGUUUCCAUAAAUGGGAACAUUAUCACCAGACCUAUGUAAGCGUCAAUAUAUAACUUGAUGUUGCAGAAAAAAGACCAUAUGUUUUUUUAACCGAUUUCCGAACUCUAAAAGGGUGAAUUUGGCGAUUUAAACGCCUUACAAUUGAUAGCCUGUCAGAGCGAUGACCUUUGACCCGUGACGUCACAACGCGAAACGAUCCGCCAUUUUCUCAAUCUCAUUACAAGCACCAAGUCAAAUCAGCUCUGUAAUUUUCCGCUUUUUCGACUGUUUUCCCGUACCUUGGAGACAUCAUGCCUCGUCAGUGUGUUGUCGGAGGGUGUAAAAACACGAACAGAGACGGAUUCAAGUUGCACCAGUGGCCAAAAGAUGCAAAAGUGGCAAGAAAUUGGACGAAAUUUGUUCAAAAUACGCGGGUGUGGGUAAAGGCGACAAAAUGGUCCCUCGUUUGUUCCGCACACUUUACCGACGACAGCUAUGCUACGACAGAGAUGGCAAGAAUGUGUGGAUAUCCUGCGACACUCAAAGCAGAUGCAUUUCCAACGAUAAAGUCAAAGAAAUCUGCAAUAUUGGAAAAUGGACCACCACUGAAUCUGCCGGAGUGCGUGAGCUAUUCAGGGACGAUGGACCUCGGGAGCACGGCAAGCGAUGACGGCAGUCUGUUCCCGCAGAUGAGUGAGCCUAAGAUCUCCCUCAGUCAGUUCCUCCCAUACAUCCGAUGUGCCCUAUGCUUUGGUUUCCUUAUUGAUGCCACCACUGUAACGGAGUGCUUACACACCUUUUGUAAAAGUUGCAUCGUGAAGCAUUUUUUCUCCACCAACAAGUGUCCUACAUGUGAAAUUGUAGUCCACCAAACACAACCGCUUUACAAUAUCAGGUUCGACCGACAACUCCAGGAUCUUGUUUACAAAAUGGUUCCUUUUCUGGAGGCAUCUGAAAAAGGACAAAUGUGUAACUUCUACAAAAAAAGAGGGAUGGACAUUCCCAAAUCAGUGAUAUUUUCCUGUGCAGCACCUUCUGGGUUGAAAAGGCAAAAGAAGGAUCGCGUCACUCAGUCUGUGUUCAACAUUCCUCCUGAGCUGGAUGUGUCUCUGCUGCUGGAGUUUGUAGGUGCUGAAGAGGGCAUCACCAGCUACAAGCCACUAGAGAGGCGAUAUGUGCGUGUGUCAGGUGGAGCCACUAUUCGGCAUGUGGAGCUGUUCAUCAGGAGGAAGAUGGAACUUGACCCAACCUGUCAGGUAGAUAUGGUUUGUGGAGAUCAUCUACUGGAUCCCUAUCAGGCACUGAACGAUGUACAGAGGUCUGUGGGAGCAGAGGCCCUGCAGACAUCAUGCCUCAUCGGUGUGUUGUCGGAGGGUGUAACAACACGAUCAGGGACGGAUUCAAGUUGUCUUACGUGGAGUGUGCAUCGAUUAGCCGGAGUGUCAGCACAUUUUACCGGCGAUGCUAUGGCAAACAUGACACAGAGAUGUAUGGAUAACCUGCAGAUGCAUUUCCAACGAUAAAGUCAACAAAAUCACAAAGGUGAGUUUUGUUGAUGUUAUUGACUUAUGUGCUAAUCAGUCAUAUUUGGUCACGGCAUGACUGCCAGCUAAUCAAUGCUAACAUGCUAUUUAGGCUAGUUGUAUGUACAUUUGUAGCUAUAUUUGCGUCCAGCCUUUCCCUCCACCCACAUUUAAUGCCAAACAAACACUUACCAAUCGACGGAUUUAAUUUGCUCCAGUGGUCAAAAGAUGCAAUCGUUGGUGAGAAAGCGAUCGCCUAAUAGCUUCAAUAGCUAUUCGCUCAAUAGUUUCAGUUUCUUCUUCAAUUUCGUUUUCGCUAUCUGCCUCCACACUCCAACCAUCCGUUUCAAUACAUGCGUAAUCUGUUGAAUCGCUUAAGCCGCUAAAAUCAGAGUAUGAAUCCGAGCUAAUGUCGCUAUAUCUUGCUGUUCUAUCCGCCAUGUUUGUUUGUUUUGGCAUCACUAUGUGACAUCACAGGAAAAUGGACGGGUGGAUUUACAGAUAACGAAAAUCAGGCACUUUAAAGCCUUUUUUCGGGAUAUUCCAUGAUGUAUAAAAUUUUGAAAACAUUUUUGAAAAAUAAAAUAAGCCACUGGGAACUGAUUUUUAUUGGUUUUAACCCUUCUGAAAUUGUGAUAAUGUUUCCCUCUAAAGCCAGCAAGCCAGUUUACUAUUUCACUGUGGAAAUGACAGUGCACAAUUGUGACAUAAGUCUUUGUUUUACCCCUCAACAAAAACAUGUAUUGGUUUUUAAUGUAUGUGUCAAGAAGGAGAGAUGUUUAUAACUGAACACAUUUACAUAUGCAUAAACAUUUGUUUUCUUUUGUAUUAUUUUCUUAAACACUUAAGUAACGUUUAUGACAACCUUUUUCCAAAACACAAUAUAGAUUGUGAGAUAUAACAGAAUAAUGCAUACAUUUAUAAUUGGUUUUCAAAAUGGUUACAAAAAAGUGGGACCCCAUUUUUAUAACUUGAUGGGGUCUCCAGGACUCCAUUUUGAAAAUUACUAGCGUCAACACUGUUGAAAAGUGGUCAAAGACAGGGUUAGUUGUUAUUUAUUAGGCACUUAGAUAAAGUCUGAAGCACGAAUGAAUUUAAGAACAAAGUAGCAGCAAAGUACAAAUGCAGCGUCCAUGUGGUUGUCCAUUGCCCUCCUCCCCCCCAAUUGCAGUUUUUGUCUUUAAUAGAUACAAGUAAUGUAAUAUGUUAAAUUAUCCAUUUUAUUAUUCAUGUUCAUGUAUUUCACAAUGUUGUUUGAAUGUAAAUCUGUAAUUGUUCUAUAUUAAGUGAUUGUGUUAACAUUUUGGCUGUCUGCAACAGAUUUAUUCGAUUUAAAGGUUUUCUCCAUGGAAAAUUGUUAGACACAUACUUUGGAACAGAUUAAUAACGAUAAAUGGCUUUACCACAGAAUAUGAUCCAAGAUAGCUGAAGUUUUGCACUUUAUCUGUCCAUCCAUCUCUCCGCCUCUCUAAUUUCUAUGCCACUUGUUCUUGUUAGGAUCGUGGUCAAGCUGGAGGCGGUUCCAUUGAUAUUACAAUGCUACGACUUAAUUAACAGAAUUGAAAGCAGCAUAGAUUUACUGUCUCCACACAAAGUCAACAUACAGCCAUUAUAUUCUAAUUCACUCGAAAACAAGGUGAACCUUUCUCAGAAAACAUGUCCAAAUUGUGCCCAAAGCGUAAAUAGUUAAUGUAAGCACCAUUGUUAUGUAGCACUGCCUCAAUCUUGCUGGGUAUGGAAUUCACUAGAGCUGCACAGGUAGUCAAUGGAAUCCUCUUUCACUCUGCCAUGAUGAUAUUAUUGCUGGAUGUUGAGACAACUAGUGCUCCUCCAACUCCCUUCAACUGGAGGAUUCCUACAGGUGCUUAAUUUUCUGUAGACGUUCAGCCCCAGACUAUGAUGCAACCUAUGCCAUGCUAUACUGUAGGCAAGACACUACUCACUUGUGAGAACUGUUUAGACAAUAGUCCCUGUGUGUUGACUGGUAUACAGUGUAUAGCAAAUAAACAUUGCUAUUUUUUUACGUUUCAUUUGUCUGCAGGUAUCCAUCACUUAUCCCAUUCAGACUGCCAUCCAAGUUAGAGGCACUCAUUGGUGGUUUAGCAGGCGGGGAGUUGAUGCCGUAACACACUAAUGUGAUGUUUUUCCAUUUUCCCACAGGAUGGACUGCUGGUACUGCACUUUGGUUUAGUCUUGCCCAAUCAGUGUUAAAUGCAAAUUUUAUAUUUCUUGAUCGUAUGACACACAUGUUGUGGGAAUUAGCAAUUUCCCAUCUGUGUCAUCCUUAGUAUUUUAUAGUGGGGUCAUCAGAUAGCAUUCGUUAGUUAGUUAAUGCUAAAGUUACUCACUAAAUAUUGACUGUGAACCAUUCUUUGAAUAUGUUGAGUAUGGGAAAAGGUUUAUUUUCAUGUCUUAAUGUGCUUGUUGGACACAGCUUACUAUGUUUGUGUACUUUGCAAUACUGGGAUAAAUACUUAUGUAUUUAAUAGUCCAGUUAAGAGCUUUGCACAAGGAGAAUUACUGCCAAAUAUUUGUGAUGUCAAUUUACAUUCUUUGGAUUUACCUAAUUGAACUUUUGUAUUGGAAACACUAACAGUGGCAUUUUGUAGCUGCUGAAUUGAGGUUUAUACAUUUACAUUGUUAUACGAUUACAGUAAGUGUGAUAAAAUGUCUUUUUAAAUAAAUGUAUUUUAGACUCAAA